AUGGAGUCAUCGAACAACUCAUCAGACAUCACGAGGGUGGCAUCUAGAAGAAAAAGGUUCAUCAUUUUUCCAAGAGGCAGCUCAUUACAGUUGGUGUACUGCUUCUUGACCACUGCAUACGGAACCCCAGGGGGUCUCUUUACCAUCGGCAUUACUCUUGGUCUUGCAUGGGAAAUUCCUCAGGAUCCUCGGCCUUACAUCGCUAACGUCUCCGCGUCUUACAUCCAGCGUAGGCACAGGAGGGAUCUUUAUCCCAACGUUGAAACGUUUUUGGACAAAUAUGGUGUUGAGGGUAGAGCUUGUAUACUUCGAGCUAUCUGUGAGGCAAGGCAACAUUCUCGGGGCAAUGGCAGCUUCAUUGAAGAAAUAUUCAACACAAUAUUCUCCUUCCCAUUCCUAGAACACGCUAUAGAAGAUUCUUCGAGUGUUUACGACGAAGCACACCAAGGCGACAGCUGUUCGGAGUACAAAGCUGCUUGUCCUACUUCAAUACUGGACUUGGACUUCACCGGCACCACAGACGCAAUGAAGUCCUCUAGAGAUAUCACAUGAUUGUGCUCCUGAUAAAAACUUUUCUGUUUUAAAUGUGUCCUGUGUAUUUAUGUGCGUUAUCGUCUUAUUUGUGUUGUUUAUUUUCAAACAACACAACAUGUAACAAAAAUAACAUGUCCUAUAAUUGUAAGAGCAGUGUAAUUUUGUAAUAAAUUAAUAAAGCACAU